GUAAACUGCUCCAGGAUCCCAUUUCCCCAACAAAUCCAGAGUGUCAGCAUUAUGUCUGCUUGGGUUGUAAAGGCCAGAAGAUGCAGAUCAGGCCGCCAUGCAGCCGCUGCAAAGACUAUUCCUGCUUCCAGGAGAACAAACAGCUCUCUUUGCUGGUGCAGUGCUACAGGAAGCUCUGCCUCUAUGUAACUCAUUCGCCGUUGCUGCAGUUGAUCAGCAGCCAUGUAGGAGGGUCUCCAGAGGUUAUGGCCUUGCUAGAGGAGGUGCUGAUGUCACACGAAGAGGAGAUAGAGACAGAGGACCUAAGCCUCGCACAGGAAGAUGUGAAUCCCUCUGUCACCGAGUCCCUCACCCCCACAGAGGCACCACCUGCUCCUGCAGAGCUUUCAGCUGUACCCCAGAGCUCCUCCUCUGACCCUCCCUGUUCCAAUGGACCACAGGAAUGCAAUGGAGAAGUGCUAGAGGACCUGGAUCCCUCGUCUCCGGAGCUGGAAGUAUGCGAGCUGGUAGAGGAGCAGCCACAGGCAGGCCUGUCUGUGUCCGAUACUGGUUGUGGUGGUCUUGAACUGAGUCUGACUACUGGACCUUUAGCCCCAACUCCAGGCACUGUGUGCUCACUCAGGGAUGGGGAUUGUGGCGGCAGGGAGCUGGAGGAGGGGGCGGUGUUGCUUCUCAGUGUGGAGGAGGUCUUACAGACUUUGGAUCCCGUUCAGCCCGGUCGAGAUUCUUCUCAUAUACAGUCAGAAAGAACGCACACUCAUACACACUUAACUACGGACAGAGCGCACGCUCAAAUGUACAUACAGCUGGACGCAGCUCACAACUACACACAGAUUCGAACAGACAGGACUAACACAGUGGCAAGCCAUGGUGUUCACAUACACACAUCCUCCUUCGACCCUCCUCCAACCUCCAAGCCCCCGCCAGUCCGCCUUAAACGUAAACGAUCUCGCUCAGAGAGCGACAGAGAAAAGGUGAAACCCCUCCCUAUCGCCUCCAUCCUGCAGGGCUCCUGCUCACACUUACACACUCCAAACCCCUCUCAGACACUGCACACGCAACCACCCACACCUCCUUUAACAUUAACAGCGCAAGCAUACUCCCCCCUUCCUAAUGGGGUGCCUCCCAAGCCUAGUCGCCCUGCGCCAAAUCACAAUAAAGGUGCCAGGAAGCACGUUGACCCGGGCCUCAAGAAACCCCAUGCAAAGGCCCGCACUGGUGCAGGUUCCAAGACGAAGGACGGUAGCAAAGACCCGCGGUUGAUGGCAGGCUGCCUUGUACCCCCAGCACCUGUCAGGCCUCCAUAUAAGAAGCCGGUGGAGAAGAAGGGCUGCAAGUGUGGCAGGGCCACCCAGAAUCCCUCUGUGUUGACCUGCAGGGGGCAACGCUGUCCCUGCUACUCGAACCGCAAGGCAUGCUUGGAUUGUAUCUGUCGAGGUUGCCAGAACUCCUACAUGGCCAACGGUGAGAAGAAGCUCGAGGCCUUCGCCGUGCCAGAGAAAGCCUUGGAGCAGACGCGGCUCACACUCGGCAUCAACCUCACCAGCAUCACGGCGGCCGCGGCGCUUCGCAACCCAGCACCCACCAGCAUCCGCGCAAACACCCUCCUCAAUGUUGCCACAGCGACGGGGACCCCCGUGACCACGGCCUUCCUGUCCCCCAGCCCCCCGCAAGAGCCCAACUAUGAGGACAGCCUGGGACUGCUGAUUGGAUGAGAGGCUGGGACUCAAAAAACAAAACAAAAAACAGACAGCUCGGUGCUGAUUGAAUGUGAUGGCUGAUCAUUGUGUCUGUCAGACAACCUGUACCUCCCCCCUCCAGAGGGGAGGCAAUCUAAGGCAGCUAUGGGUCUGUCCUGUCCUGUAACCUGCUCUUCUUUCUGUGUUGGAAAAUGCUGAGUAGUAAGACUAGCAUGGGUGUGCCAAAGCCUCCUGUAUUGUGCCUGUGUGCCGGUGUGUAUUGUUGCCUGCCUGUAGUUAAACACUUAUACUCGGUUCCAAGGCCAUUCUGUACUUCAGAGGUGCUUCUUGUUCAUAGACCACAGACAUACUGUAAGAGGCAAUAGGAACCCAUACCAGGUUUUUGUGUUUGUUAAUGUGUGCACACACAAUUAUAGAUUUGAGCGUGUGCGUAUGUGUGAUUUCUGGUGCAUAAUGAUAACAAAAAACUGCAUCAUUAUAUCCCAAUCACCUGUCACAGCAUUUUCCAUGUUUGAGUAUUACUCCAUGUAUGUUUCAGAAACACAUAAUUGGUAUUAGGACGGCCCUUACUAAUCCUUAACCCUGUUUGUGUUCACACCUUAAUUGUGAAUGAAUCUUGUGACUAAUCUUUGGAGAAGUUCAGUGUCACACAAGACUGUAUGCCUUUUUCUAUCUCGUUAACUCACUCAAUCCAAGUACUGUUGACUGAUAAUGAAUUUGUCUUAAUGAACUUGACUGAUGCAGGCAUUGUACAGGCAGCAAGAUAAUGUCAAAGCACUUGGCUGGCUCCACGGUUUCUCUCUGUGUGUGUCUGUGUGUGCCUGCUGAGAUUUACUGUAAUGUCAGCGGGGAGGCGGAUGGUGGGUUGUAAGCACUUAGACGGAUUGAUUGGCCAAAUUACAACUAAAAACCAUUCUUGGUUACCAUAGCAAUAGGAGCACCAACGAGGAGCCUCCCAGCUCUCGUGCACACACGCAGUUGUUUACAGUGUUUCCAUUUAUACAGACUAUAACUGUCUGUCUUCUAAAAUAUUACACCAAUAUGUUUCGAUCGUGGGAUUGUACAUGACUGUGUGUGUGUUUAGAUAAACUGAAGCCAUAGGUUGUCAUUAACAAGACAAAAAAUGCCCCCCCCCCCCUGUUGUAGUGUCCCGACUGAUUAGAGACCAACACAGAGACUAUUUUUG